AUGGCUGAGCUGACAAUCGGAGUGAUCGAACACAUCUUUGACGAUCAGACCAAUGCCCCAUGGCAGAUACAGUGGUGCUCAGCCUUCCAACAGGAAGAUAACUUCAACUGCGGAGUGUUCGCUAUCCUUCACACCCUACUGCUCUGCGAGACAAAUCAAGACUGGCUAGCAACGAUGGAAACGAGGACAAGACUAAGACUUCCGCAAGAAUGGCUGAUGCAAACCAGAACACAACUGAUUGCAGCUCUCACCCAUCUAGAGAAGAUGGAGGAAACGGCCCAGGUAAUUCUGCGAUCUCUGCCGAAGAAGGCGAGGGUGCAAGAGAGCUUGAAAUCGACGACAAAGCCGGAGGAGGAGGUACAGCCAAACGCAAUCCAGCGGCUGAUGACCUCGACGACAAAGCUUGAGGAGGAGGUACAGCCAAACGCAAUCCAGCGGCCGAUGACCUCGACGGCAAAGCCUGAGGAGAAGGUACAGCCGAUCGCAAUCCAGCGGCAGGCGACCACCACGAAGCCCCAACCAAGACUUUUUGGUGAGGAAAUGGAGGAGAAUGCACACUCAGGAGAGAAAACCUCCCAGAGAGGGAAGGAGCGGAGGGGGAAAAGGCAGGAGGAGCAAAGGGGCAAUGAUUGGGCGCAGAUGCAUCGAAAAAGCUCAGACCCAGGUUUCCUCAUCUCACAAAAUGUGAAUGGUUGCAAUCACUUUGUUCUCAAGCACAUCCUCGCAUACUUAAUCCAGUCCUUCCAACCUGGGGUUGUGCUACUACAAGAGGUAAGGGUCUCGGCCCGCGACGAGAACAAAUUAAGGAAGAUGAUCAAGGAGAACUGGGCCUGCUACAGAAUCUUCCUGGGGCCUGCAAAGAUCAAUGCCAAGAAGGGGAAAGGAGACCUGAGGUACCGGCGGAAAAUGCUACACCUCGCUCUGGGAACGAGAGAGACACACAUCAUAGCCGGAGACUUUAAUGCAGCAAGAACCAACACAACAACACCAAUGCGGAGAGGAUAUUCCCCCUCAUCUAUCACCGCAAAAGCAGAUGAGAGAUUCGAGAAAUUCCUGGCAGACCUUUCCGCACACCGUACACUCUCAUAUGAACAGAUCAGCGAGACUGGGACAACAUUUACCUUCUCAACAUGGUACAAACAAGAAUUGAUAGAAGCCAAACUCGACGCAGUCCUCGCUAUCCACCCCCCAACUAAUGAGGACAACUUCCCCAACAUCUCCCUUCAAUCGUGGACGGUCGACGGCUGUGUGAUAGGGGGAGCAGUUGAUCACAGAGCCCUGGUGGUGCAAGUGCACACCAAGUUCACAUCCGAGGAGACGCAGCUAAUCCCACGAGUGGAAGUGCAUCAGAUGAAUUCACGACAGAAGAAGGGGGAAACCCCUAAAAGCAGAUGGGUGCUGGAUCGCGAUACGUGGGAGGAGGAGAAGAUCGAAUGGGCGCAACAACUAGAUGCAAACAUACGAGACAUGCGAGCUAAGGCGCAAGAAUGUAACAUUUGUGAGAUGCUCGCCAACUCUCUACCACUAAAGGAGGUGAAAAUCAGAAAGGGAGGGAGGCGACACGCGAACAAAGAACAAAUGGAUUUGAAGAGAUCGAUCCGCAACUUGCGGACUAAACUUAGGGAAGCAUCACAGCAAAGACCAGCGACUGGAGUACCUACGGAAGCUACAUUACAACGAGAAUUGCGAACUAAGAUCGAGAGGUUCAGAACGAUAUGUGAAGAACAAAACAACGAAGUUUUCCAAGAGAUCUGCCAACAGCAGCAAACACGGCUUGGCACGGUAGGCAGCCGUGAAUCCCAGAAUGCAAUGGGACGCAAGAAUGAUUUCACUCCCAAAGAACCGAUGAUAAGUCAAGACAUCAAGAAAAAACACCCUAACUCCCUUCGUUGCCACAAAGGCUUGGCUCUUAGACUGCUCGGCAAGAUAGUCGACAAUGCCGACGAGCUCAUCAACCAACUCGAAGCAACCCUAUCUAGCGAAGACACGAGGGGUGUUAGAGCAUUUUGGAGUGCAAACCAGCAACUGAUGAUUGGGAUCGAGCGAGAGGGGACAGAUGACUGGCUCUUUCUAUCACUGCUACCUGCAAACACAAUCACGAAAGCAAUUGUAGCACUAGAAGAAUCUAAGCGCUGGUAA